GUUUUGUUGUAAGUUUUUCACAGAAGAACCGGACAGCGCCGGAAUGAAGUGAGCUGGUCGGGAGAGGGAGAGAAAAGAAAAGUUAUUUCCCAGGGUCGCCUCUGAAAGAGUCGCCAUGUUUUCCCUGUCGGAGCUGGUGCCUCUCAACCAGCAUCAGAACAGGUCCAAACUGUUGAAGCCCUGGUGGGAGGUCUUCAUGGAUUACCUGGUGGUGCUGAUGCUGAUGACGUCUGUUUUGACCUGCACCGAACAGCUGUCCAGGGAUCGAGUGGUGUGCCUUCCCUUGGAUCCGUCUGUCACUGCAAAUACCAGCAAUCACAGUUUCUCCACUCGCGACACUGAGUCUAAGACUCCAUCGUCAAAGCAGCCGAUGCAGAUUCAACAGGACGCCGUCCCCCCGAAUCUUCAUUCUGCAGCCCGAGGUCGACGCACUCAUCUGGUCUAUCAGCAGUACGUUUACAUCAGCCAGGUGUGCUACCACGAGGCCUUGCCCUUGUGCUCCCGUUUCUUCCCCUACAUGGCCUUGCUGCAGUCUCUGGUGCUGCUUGCCAGCGGCUCCUUCUGGCUCCACUUCCCCCGCACCUCGGCUCGCAUCGAGCACUUCCUGGCCAUCUUGGCAAAGUGCUGCGAGUCGCCCUGGACAUCUCAAGCCCUGUCCCACGCUGCGCGGCAGGAGAACAUCCGGGAGAAGGAGGCAGAGAGACAGCCAGCCCGACCUCCUCCCUCUUCACCCUCACCCCCAGUGACCCGCACGAGACGCUCAACCACAGACUCAGGCACAGACAGCCCACUUCUGAGGAGGUCAAAUAGUGUGUCCUCUGCUGUGCCUCCCUCUCCGUGCCCCUCCACACUCUCCCGUGGCUCCACCGUGUCGUCAGGGUCCCUCAGCUCCCAAAGGUGCUCUCCUGGUUCCAAGACGUCGGUCGUGGUUGACAGUCCCAGGCAGGUAAUGAGUCUGGAUAGAAGUGACGGGGAACAGGCCAGGGCUCUGUUCGAAAGGGUCAGGAAAUUCAGGUCCCACUGUGAAAGCUCAGCUGUCAUCUACAAGGUCUACUUGGUUCAGACGAUAUUCAAACUGCUGAUGGUAACUCUGAUCGUGAGUUACACCAUCCCUCUCCUCAGCAACUUGUCCUUCACCCACACCUGUCACCCUGAGGAGCCGACCCUGGUGGGCUACGCUGCCUUUGACUGUAUCCACGUGCUCUCCUCACUUCUACGCAAACUGUUGGUGGCCUACCUGACCCUGCUGGGGCUGUACGGCCUUCUCAACGUUUACACCCUCAGCUGGAUUUUACACAGCUCUUUACAACAGUAUUCCUUCCACUCCCUGAAGGAGCUGUGCUCCCUGAGAGAUGUUCCAGACCUGAGAAACGACCUGGCCUUUCUGUUACACAUGUUAGACCAGUAUGACCCUUUGCUGGUCCAGCGUCUCUCCAUGUUUUUGUCGCCGGUCGGUGAGAGCAGGCUGCUGGAGGAAAGCUUGGAGCGGCAUUGGGGGGAGGAGAAGCUGCGAGCCAUGACGAGCGUGGAUGAAGAUGGCUGCUCCAGACUGCAGCUGGUGGCCCUGCCUCGCCUUCCUCCAGCCCUCUUCACCCUCAGCCAGCUCCAGGUUCUCAAACUGGAGCUCAUCAAAGAGGCCAGGUUUACCGCACAGGUAGCCAACAUGAUGUCACUCAGAGAGCUCCACCUCUACCACUGCACAGCAGCUGUGGAUCCCAGUGCGCUUGGAGUCCUCCAGGAACGUCUGGAGAGCUUCCACCUCACCUUUACUCAGGCAUCAGAGAUCCCCAGCUGGGUCCUCUCCCUCCGCAGCCUGCAUGAACUCCACCUCUCUGGUUGUCUGAGCAGUGAAGGUGGGGUGGGCCGCUGCUGGGCGCUGGGCAGCCUCUGCCGGCUGCAUCACCUACGUGUGCUGGUGAUUCGUGGCAUGUUACAGCGGAUCCCUGCGGAGGUGUGUGAGGUGGCAGGCAGCUUGGCGAAGCUGGAGAUCCACAACGAGGGCACCAGGCUGCUCGUACUGACAGGACUGAAGCGGAUGGUCAACCUGACCGAGCUGCUGCUGCAGGACUGCCAGCUACAGCGUUUGCCCUCUGCACUGCUGUCUCUGACCAAGCUGCAGACACUUGACCUGCAGCAUAAUAACUUGAGGACUCUGGAGGAGCUGCUCAGUCUGGCUCAUCUACGGCGUCUCUCUUGCCUCAGACUCGCCUAUAAUCAUGUUGUGGUGCUGCCGGCUAGUGUUGGUGUGCUUCGGGGCCUUGAGCUCCUGGAUCUGUCCAACAACCAGCUCCAGAGCCUUCCCUCAGCACUCUUCACUCUCCGCCUCCUGUGCAGGCUCCUGUUGGCGGGCAACUUGCUGGAGGAACUGCCUAUGGAGAUAAAGUCCCUGCAGCUGCUCACAGAGCUGGACCUCAGUGGGAACAGGCUGGAGAAACUUCCCCCUGAGCUAUUUAGUGGUUGUCUGGAGCUGCGCAUACUAAACGUGGCUCACAAUUGUCUUAGUUCAUUACCUUGUGGUAUUGCAGCUUUAAAUAAGCUGUGCCGGUUGGAUUUGCGUUCCAACAGUCUGGAGGAGCUGCCUGCUGAACUGGGCUGCUGCACAGGGCUGCACAGAGGGGGUCUACUGGUGGAAGACUGGCUGUUUCUUUCGUUGCCUCCCCAUGUCAGGGACUUCCUGAACCGUUCUUGCUCCAACUCUGGUGCAUACUCAGAAGAUCGUUCCCGUCCAGAGUCGGACAGCUUCCCGUACUUCUCUCCGACGCAGUGGAGCUUCUCUUCUGCUCUGGAAUCACAGAUAUAAAUCUAGUCUGGCUCCUAAUAAUAUCCUAACACUGAUCAUCUUCUGUCAGGCUUGUUUGUGUAAUGAUAUAUGAUAUGAUAUAUAUAUAUUUUAUAUUUACCUGCACACUGCUUUUGGAUAGUUUUCCUACCCUUGUUCUUCUAACAGCGCCAAAUCAACAG